AACAACACGACGCCCCGCCACCUGCACCUCUACCUGCACCUGCGCCUGCACCCGCCCCCGCCCCGGACAUGGACUCGGACUCGGACUCAGACCCAGACUCAGACGCCGACCAAGCAACCAUCCACGACUCUUCGUCCGACUCGGGCUUCGACAGCGGCAGCCUCCUCGGCGACGAGACCGACUCGCUCGCCUCGUCCAUCCUCAACCACCGCAUGGAAAACGGGCGCCAGUACCACGCAUACCGCGACGGCGCCUACUGGGGCCCCAACGACGAGCUGGCCAAGGAAAUCCUCGACUUUGCCCACCACAUGUAUCUCCUGACGCUCGACCAGAAGCUGCAUCUGGCCCCGCUGCACCACCCGCACGCCAUCCUCGACUGCGGCACCGGCACCGGCAUCUGGGCCAUUGACAUGGCAGACCAGUAUCCCGAGGCAACCGUCACGGGCACCGAUCUCUCCCCGAUCCAGCCCGAGUGGGUUCCCCCAAACUGUCACUUUGAGAUUGACGACGUCUCGCUGGAAUGGACCUUUCCCCCCGACCACUUUGACUUUGUCCACAUCCGCGAGCUCUUCGGCUGCAUCCCGGAUUGGGACUUUUUCUUCGCCCAGGCCUUCCGCCACACCAAGCCCGGCGGCUGGAUCGAAAUCGUCGAGCACUCGGUCUGCCCCGUGGCCGACGACGAAACCAUGGGCCCGGACCACUUCUACCACACGUGGGGGCACGUGGUCGUCGACAUGGGCAACAAGUUUGGCAAAAGCUUCACCAUCUGGGAGGAGAGUGCAGACCGAAUCCGCAAGGCGGGCUUUGUCGACGUCACCGUCGUCGAUUUCAAGUGGCCCAUGAACGGCUGGCCCACCAACGCCAAGCUCAAGAACAUCGGCCGCUGGAACCAACUGCGCCUGAUGGACGGCGUCGAGGGUUUCAUGUUGCGCUUGCUGACCCAGGUCGGAGGGUGGUCCGUUGCGCGCGCUCAACUGCACCUUGCCCAGAUGCGCAAGGAAUUGAAGAGCUACAAGGCCCACGCAUACCUUCCUGGCACCGUUGUCUACGCACGGAAGCCGUUUGUCACGUGA